UUAAAACUUACUUCAAUAUAUACUCUUAAUACUAUACUAUACAUAGUAUAGUAUUAUAGUAUAUGAAUAUCUACUCUCAGUACUGUAAUAUCAGUAUUGAGUUUUCAUUACUUUUUCACUGGUUUCAUACAGUAACAAAAACUUAAUAUUUUACAUAAACUCUUUAAUCUAAAUAUGAUUUAUUAAUUAAUUAAACUACUCUUCCUUUUUUUUAUUAUAGAAUGGCUGAUUUAUCUCAUGCAUUUCCUUUAAUACUGUUAGUCACGGCUAUUUUAACUCAUUUUUGUAUUCAUAAAGUUGACGAAGGACAUGUUGCUGUUUAUUACAGGGGUGGUGCAUUAUUAUCCCAAAUAAGUCAUCCUGGCUACCAUAUUAUGAUGCCUUUUCUUACAACUUUUAGAUCUGUUCAAGUAACACUUCAAACGGAUGAAGUAAAAAAUGUUCCUUGUGGUACAAGUGGUGGAGUUAUGAUAUAUUUUGACAGAAUUGAAGUUGUCAAUAUUCUUAAUGUUGAUAGUGUUUAUGAUAUUGUUAAAAAUUAUACUGCUGAUUAUGACAAAACAUUAAUAUUUAAUAAAGUGCAUCAUGAGCUUAAUCAAUUCUGUAGUGUCCAUAAUUUGCAUGAGGUUUACAUAGAUUUGUUUGAUCAAAUUGAUGAAAACCUUAAAGUUGCCUUACAAAAAGAUUUAACAGAAAUGGCACCUGGCCUUAAAGUACAUUCUGUUCGUGUCACUAAACCUAAAAUACCAGAAACUAUUCGCAAAAAUUAUGAAAUAAUGGAAGCAGAAAAAACUAAGCUGCUUAUAGCAACCCAGCAUCAAAAAGUUAUUGAAAAAGAAGCAGAAACUGAACGCAAACGUGCAAUUAUUGAAGCAGAAAAACAAGCUCAAGUUUCAAAAAUUGAAUUUGAACAAAAAAUAUUGGAAAAAGAAUCUAUUAAACAAAUAUCAUUAAUUGAAGAUUCAAUUCAUUUGGAAAAAGAAAAAAGUAGUGCUGAUGCUGAAUUUUAUAGGAAAAAGAAAGAAGCGGAAGCUAAUCAACUCUUACUAACCAAAGAAUUUUUAGAAAUGAAACGUAUUGAAUCAUUAGGCAAUAACACAAAAUUAUAUUAUGGUCCUAAUUUACCCAAAAUAUUUUUGGAAAAUCAUGUUCCUUCACAGUAAAUGGACUUUUAUUAUAUAUUAAUGAAUGUAUAAAUUAGUAAAUUAUUUUAAGAAACUUUUAGAUGGUUAAAUAAAAUUUUGGAAUUAUCUAAAUUUAAACAUCUGUAUGUUUAAUAGAAUACUGUUUAACUGUUACUGUUUAAUAAAUAUGCGGUUUAAACGCUUAAAAAUUCUAUUUUUAUUAGUAAAAAUAUGAAUAAAGCAUAU